AUGGCUGAUGAACAGAGGAGGCGACCGUUCAGUUUCGAAGAAUAUGCCGAUAUCCUUUUCUACUAUGGAGAUCCCAGAGGCAAUGCUGAAGAAGCUCGUCAGCAUAGUCUCUCGCGCAUAUCAAAUACGGUCUCGCUUGCCGGAGGAACACGAUUACUGCCUGGUGAUUGUGGAGAGAGAAAGCCUAUCCGAAACGAGUGUAAACUGAUAUCCAAUAUCGUUGUUGUGAUUAAUCGGCCAGAACAGAGCUGUGUCAACUUAACCGUCAAUGAGAUCAACUUUCUGACGGACGGAAAAGAACGAUGGUCUUGCCCAGCCUGUUGUAAACAGGGACGAGUUACCCGAAGCGGAUCCACCUCUUCCACAUGCGGUGCUCGUUCAGAAACCACUGCUCCUUUACAACCAGAUCAGUCUGCCUCUACCGACACUCUCACCCUUAUACUUAACCAAUUAUCAACUAAGGCCUGUGACAUAAAGGAUAUUAAGAACUCUCAAUCUCAACUCAGAACUGAUGUUGCUUAUUGUAGAAACUCGCUACAGCAACAUUCGGACUCGAUCUCUCGGCAUGAAGACUUAAUAGCGGACUGCGAAACCAACAUACAAAAUAUCCAGAAAUUGCUUGGAACUAGCGUUGCCGCACUUAAUAAUCGUGGAAAAGAUCCAAAGCGGUUGCGACACAAUCGCAGCGCGAAUUUAAAAUUCAACACUUAUCGGAAAGUUGCCGGGGUACCGGUCGGGAACACCUUUUGA